AUGAAUCCUGAACACACGUUCAUCGCGAUCUUUAACUCUUCUGGGGAAAUUCACUUGCAUCACCUGCUCCCGCUCCUGGCAAUCCUCUUUUUCGGGACGAUGUUCGGGGGCGGCUCAGAUGCCCCUGACGACGCGGAAGAGGCAGAGGAGGAGGAGGAUGAGCCACUUGGAAUCGGGCAUUCUGACCGAGCAAUGAAUCGCCGUGCAACACAUUUCGCCGGGGUAUCGACCGGCAGCAGCGACAGCAGGAGCAGCAGCAGGAGCAGCAGGAGCAGCAGCAACAGCAGCCAAAAAGGAACAGCCAGCAGUGGAGCCCCCUUUGACAAGCAGCUGCUGUGUGCCCGUCGUGGUCCGCAUUUUGCAGCCAGCAAGGUCUCCACCAGGGCCUUGGAUCCUUGA